AUGCCAAGAAACGUAUAUGAGCCCUUGAAGACGUAUGUUCUCAAAGUUAACAUUAACUGCCAAGGAUGCAAGAGAAAAGUGAAGAAGACACUGAGAAAAGUUGAAGGUGUUUACUCUGUUGAUAUAGACACGGAUCAGGAAGCAGUGAUCGUUAGAGGGAACUUAGAUCCAGAGAUUUUGGUCAAGACGUUGAGCAGAAGAGGGAAGCAUGCAGAGAUCUUGUUCUUGAGCCCUAACCACUUUGGUAAUCAUCAUCAAGCCGGUCUUAACCAUGACAACAGAAUCUUGAGGAACGCACAAUACAAUCUCGGAAACAAUCACUUCAACAAUGUCCCAAGUUAUGAAAGGCAGAGUGUUAAUCAUCAGAGUGAAGAAGAGAUGAUGAUGGCGAUGAUGAACAUGAAGCCUGUGAUGAUGAACGAUGCAGAUUACUUUCAGAUGAGUGAUUCAUCUGAAGAUUUCCAAGAGCUAUUUGGCGAAGUACCGAGAAGACACAACUAUGAAGAGGUCAUCAAUCCGAAUCUGACGAGGGAGAUGGAUCUUGGAUAUGCUAAUGCUUACCCUGCUGCAGAAGCAAUGAGCAUGCAGCAGAUUGGAGGAAGAUCAGAUAAUAUGAUGAUGAAUGAGAGAGGUUUUCGAGGUCAGAUGAUGAAUGGUCCAUCUCUUGUUCCUCAGUUUAUGAAUCAAGAACAGUUUGACUCAAGGCAACUUCAUGGCUGUUACUACUGA